CUGUUUGCCACUUGCAGUACUUAGUAAUUCAUAGUCACUUAACAAUAAUAAUCGAUUGUCGAUUAUAAAAAAUAGUACAAAUUAUCGUUGUGCUAAAAAACGAUCAGAAAUAAUAAUGAAAAAACAAAUCAAACGUUUAAAUAAAUCGCUAAGAAAAGGAUUUUGUAUCAACUUCAUCAAAGUUUACGCUGAUAAUCUUUCACUAUUUCAAGAAUAUUUACAAAAUGAUCUAUAUCGUGAAGAAAUGUCCACAGCACUAAAUGAGAAUCGGGAAAAUCUUCUUCACUUGGCGUGUCAAUUUAAUGAAGCAAAAUAUAUAAAUCAAUUAAUUACUUUAAAAUGUCCAAUUUUCAAACAGGAUUUUUAUGGAAGAACUCCACUACACGUUGCUUUACAAAGACAACAUAAAGAAUGUAUUGAAGAAUUCGAGCGAUUAUUAAGAUCAGUAAAUAAUCUCCAUGAUAAUGACAUAUUGAACAAAGAGGAACUAAUAAAAAAUUUAAGAAAAAUGUUUGAUGUUUACGAUCAUAAUGGUUACACAAUUUUACAUUUAGCCGUUUUAAAAAAUCUUCCGACAUUAGUGAAAGUAAUGUUGGAAUUUUGUUUAAAAUUCAAAGUUAAUGUUUUAGAUAAAGAAGUCUUGGGUUCGGGUAAUUCAAUAUUACAUUUGGCAGUUGAAAAUAAUUUUAAGAAUAUUGAAAAUAUUAUUGUUGAUAAAAUAAAAGAAAGUGUCAACCAAGCGAACUAUAGUGGAAAAACACCAUAUCAAAUCACCACAGAUGAAGAACUGACGGAAUGACCUGACCACAGACUAAGAUCUGGCCUAAGGCGAAAAAAGUGUGAUAUUAAAAAUACGUUAUACAAUAUCCCAGCAAAAAAUACUGCUUUUUGUAAGGGAGACUAUAAUCUGAAAUCACUUAAAGUACCCUACACCACGAUAGUAUACCAAUCAGCUCAGAAUCACUUUCUGAGUCGAUUUAGCUACAUGGUUCAUUUUUUUAAAAUUAUCCACUUUUUUAACAUACUAACUGGUGUAGGGUAUCAUAUAGUCGGCAAUGUCAGACUAUACAAUCGUACUUGUUUUUGUUUGAGAUGAUCCACUUAGAAGCAGUAAGUUUUAAAUCCAAAAAGCGUUUAUUUAAUACCAACUUAUUUUAUUAGAUCUCCGCUACAUCUAUGCGCUUCAUUAAUGCUUCUAUAAAAGUCAUUAUUGAAUGAACUCUGUUUAUACGUUACUAAAACCCUUAUAAUAAUGUUUUUUUUUAAUGUAAUAAAACGCAAAUUUUCUAUAUUCUU